CAGCCAAUGAGCGGCGACGCUCCCCACUCCUUUCCUUUGCGCGGUGACGUAAUGGAGGAGUGGGGAAGGCUGGAGGGUUCCAUUCUCGCUCUCGUUCACCCAACCGGAGGUGGAGUUGAGACGUAGGGGAGUCGCGCGGACACACUCCCUGAGGACAAGACUACAAUGGUAGGUGAAGAUUAUACUUCCAUAAGACACCGCCAGCCGAGUUCUACAGGACAUGGGACCCCUGAGAAGAAUGAAAUGCAGAAGAGAUCUGAGGCAGAGAAGCCAUUCCAAAACUCAAGCAAUGGUUGGGUUGAUGUCGACCAUGGGAUAACAAAGAAAAUGCAGCUAAUAGCAGAGGCUGAGGAGUUGAAGCCGGCAUUCAUGAAGGAGGUGGACAGUCACUUUACAGAGUUUGUGAACCGUUUGAUAGCAAAGUCUGUGCUUCUGGAAUCCUCCACAGCAACAUCCACCUUCCCUGUAGCUACCUGCUCAGAGAGAGACCUGCACAAAACCAAGGGCUUGAGAGCACCUCCAGAACAUGGAAAGCUCUUUACUGCUAGGAGGUCCAUCUUGGAUGAGCUGUUUGAAGUGAACCACAUCCGGACAAUCUACCACAUGUUCAUCGCUCUCCUCAUCCUCUUCAUUCUCAGCACACUUGUAGUAGACUUUAUUGAUGAAGGAAGGCUGGUGCUUGAAUUUGAUCUUUUGGUCUUCGCUUUUGGCAAGUUUCCUGUUGUCAUUUCCACCUGGCUCUGCAUGUUUCUGUCCACGUUCAUUUUACCCUAUGGCCUCUUCCUGCAGUGGGCCCAGGGCCACUGUUGUUCCUCCCACCGGAAAAUCCGCUCCCUCUUCUUCGGAAUGCUCUUCAUGCUCUUCCAAAGCAUCGGGCUUGGGCUUGGGCCAACGUAUGUUGCUGUGUCGUAUGCUCUACCUCCAGCCUCUCGGUUCGUUAUAAUACUUGAACAGGUUCGUCUAAUUAUGAAGGCUUAUUCAUUCAUUAGGGAGAAUGUUCCUCGGGUCCUGUCUUCAGCCAAGGAGAAGUCAAGCACCGUCCCAGUUCCCCAAGUUACCCAGUAUCUGUACUUCCUCUUCGCUCCCACCCUCAUCUACAGGGACAACUAUCCGAGGAAUCCCAUGAUAAGAUGGGGUUAUGUAGCUACCAAGUUUGCACAGGUGAUUGGUUCGCUUUUUUAUGCCUACUACAUCUUUGUGCGACUCUGCAUCCCUCCAUUUCGGAACAUAAGUCAGGAACCCUUCAAUCUGCGAGGGCUGGUCCUCUGCAUUUUCAAUUCCAUCCUGCCAGGUGUUCUGAUUCUCUUCUUGGUCUUCUUUGCAUUCCUUCACUGCUGGCUUAAUGCAUUUGCUGAGAUGCUGCGCUUUGCAGACAGAAUGUUCUACAAGGAUUGGUGGAACUCCACAUCGUAUGCAAACUAUUACCGAACAUGGAAUGUGGUGGUACAUGACUGGCUGUAUUACUACGCUUACAGGGACUUUCUGUGGUUCUUUGGUAAGAAGUUCAAAGCUGCUGCUAUGCUGUCUGUCUUUGCUGUCUCAGCUGCCGUACACGAGUAUGUCCUGGGAGUCUGCUUUGGUUAUUUUUAUCCAGUCCUCUUCUGCCUCUUCAUGUGCUUUGGAAUGGUUUUCAACUUCAUUCUUAAUGACCGUCGGAAAGGGCCCAUUUGGAAUGUGAUCAUGUGGACUUCUCUCUUCCUGGGCCAGGGUGUCAUAAUUUGCCUUUACAGUCAGGAGUGGUAUGCACAUCAGUAUUGCCCCCUGAAAAAUCCCACGUUCCUGGACUAUGUGAAACCACGUUCCUGGGAUUGUCAUAUUCAGAUUUAAAACCAUUAAACCCAGCUUUCAUCUUACCUCCCGUAUCUGAAGAUCAGCCUGUGCUCCUCCAAGGACAGGGACCAAUGACAUAAUUCACUUCAAAUCUUUUUUAAGGGAAGUUGUGCCUCCUGAUUAUUGGAGAUAAACUGUUUUUGUAACUUUACUGAGGCAGCCCAGUUGAAGUGGACUGCAGCAGGCGUCCAGGUAGCUCUCAUUGCACACCGCUCUAGUCAGUCAUUCCCAUGUCAGUUAUGAAACACUGAGAUGAAGGUCAUGUCCAUUGGAAUUUUGCUACUCUUCAUCCAGACAGUAGAUCGUCUGGUCAGACUAAGUAGAGCUCUGCGGUAGCCUCUGUUCAUCUGUUUCUUAGACAUUCCUUCAGAGUUGUUUCCUCCUUCGGUAACUGGAGACGUCUACAGAAUUUGUAUGCUCUUUGGAACCCUCCUUGUUGCUAUGGUAGUAUUAUGUGACAGAGCAACAUGUCUUUGCAUCAUAGUCCAAGUAUUGGUGGAUGGCUUUCUAUGUCCUCUGUCUGGAAUUACUUUCCACAGACAGUACAUAGGGAUUGAAAAUGGGCUGGGGAAAGUUAAUUUUUAAUGCUGAAGACUUUUUCUUUCUGUGGUUGCAGUGAAUGAUCAGUUGCUACUGGCUAUAUGAAGAUAUUUGCUAUACUCAAAAGUAGGGCCCUGAGUGCAUACAUUCUUAAAAAACCAAAAACUUUUAUUAUACUAAAAAAGCUCAAGAUUGGCCUCUAAAUCACAAGAGCCUGACCUCUUUGGCUGUCAGAAUUCCAACUACAGCUCUUCUGCCCCUUGGCUUUUUCCUAUUGUGCUCUGAAGCUCAUGUGACUAUGAGCAGUAGGAGUUUGCUUUUUCUGACAACUUCCCUCCCUGUAGCCCCUAGACUAAUCAAUUAUCUUAGGGGGAUACAAAACUGUCAAAUUAAAGUGAAAAGUUGUUACUGUGCAUGUGCACUUACUAUUCUGCAUGUUAGUAUGCAUUGAGUAUUAUGGAGCAGUUUGAAAAAAUCCCAUUGAUUUCAGUGAUUUGUAUUCUCAUUCAAAUGGCUCCACUGUAUACAAUGCCCGUUAAUCUUGCCACAUGUUGACAAGAUGCUCCAUAAUGGCUUCCUGACACAAAAGCAGUUGGAAAUAAGGGGAUGAAUCAAAGCCUUCCCCCCCACGCCCCCCAUCACUCUAAAUCACUACUUUUACAAUGGAAAGCCACAUCUCCCUUGGACUGUUGCAUCAAAAAUAUAUGGAGUCAGGAAAAGUUCAUGCCCUGCUUUGGGAGGGAGAGGGGACCAUUGCACUGCUACAAGGAGAGAGAGACUGAUAAAUGGAUAUUCAAACUGGGAAUAUUCUCUUUACCACAGCAGUUGCACAUGAUUGUAUCUCAUUGAAGUUCCCUUCCAGUUACUGUCUGCUUCCCUUUCUAUAUGGAGAUGUCAGUUCUGCACUCUAGGUUACAAAUUAGUUCAGAAACUAACCAUAUAACUCCUGUUUAUCUGAAUGGCAUUUAUUCAUUUAAGUGAUGCACAUCAGGGACACAAUUGAACUGUAUCCUACAGUAAUUACAACUUCCAUUGCAGGAAGGAGCUGAGUGAUAGAGAACAACUUGGGUUUCAUUAAGUACUGUAAUUUCACAGUUACUCAAAUGUUUUUUAAUGGCAUUUUUCUGAGUGGCGAGUUGAUCCUGUGCCCAGGCAUGGCUACCAGUGCUGACAAUGGGACUCUGUUCAACUGUGUUGGGAAAGCUAUUUUCGAACCUGAGUUAAAACAUACCUUCAUCAGAGCCAACUAUUUUGAUUUUAAGUAUUUUUAUCUUAGUUUUCAGUUUCUGUCUAAUAGGUAGGUCUCCUGCUCUCAUUAAAAGGACACAACCAGGUCAAAUCCCUGACAAAUUCAGGUUUUGAAUGUAUAGGGUGGAUUUUUUUUUAAUUCAAUGAAAGCUUGUACUAAAUAUAAAAACUCUUAAUUGUUUUCAUGAUUUUUUUUUUAAUUUUAGUAGAAAGAGUUUAACAAAUGUGUGCCCCCAAACAUAGGACAUUUGUGCUAGUAUAUAAGAGCCUGGAGGUGAAAAUCAUUAGAAACUUUACUCUGUUUGUUGGUUUUUUACUUCCACUAGUUGAGCUUGAACAGUAAUAAUGGAAAGUAAAUUAGACCUUUUUAAAAAAAAAAUGUGGUGCUAGUAAAAUAAUUUUAAGAGAUUAUUUUUAACCUGAUAGUGUCCUUUUUAAAAAUAGCUUUGUGGUCAGAUAGUAGCACUUCUCUUCCAUCUGAGAUGAAUUGAAGUCAGUACACUUUAAUCAUAGUUCUUAAAAUGCAAUGUACUGUUUAUGUAUGGAAAUCCUUGCACUCCCCUGGGGUAUGAUGGAUUAGAGGCUUGGGUUUCUUGAAGCCUAUGUCUGAUUCCUGCUACUGUGUCUCAGUGUUCUCAAAAGAAGGAAGAAUUGUAUUUUGAGUCUUCUCUGCCUACUAGUAGGACUCUAGGUAUAACUCUCUGGUGCCAGUUUACCUAUAAUGUAGAAUCUUGAGCGUUACUAUGUCAAUAACCUCAAUGCUUGGAGCCAAAGGAUUAAAAUAUUGCAAGCAGAAGCCAGUCAUUAUACAGGCAUGUUCAAUUGCUGUAACUGGCCUUUUUUUCUUGACCCAUUCAGUUCUUACCUUAUAGUUCAAGUCAUCUGAAACCAUGCCGUUAGAGAGCAUUAACAAGUACGCUACUGACCUUUUUUGCUAUUUGUUGACUUAUUUAGUGAGAUUUGAUAUCAGCUUGAAAUUCAGUUUUCAUGAUUGCCUUGGGGAAAUACUUAAGGCCUUAGACUUUCUAGCAAAAUUAUUGCACAUUGCUGGGCUAAAUGGGAAUUGAAGAUUUUACCCUGUUCAUUUGAAGAGGUUUUUUGUUUGUUUUUUGUAGGCCAUAAAAUCCCAGAGCUAGCAGUGUGGUGGUCUGGCCAGUGAUUUGGCCACUUAACACUAACAACCUAUUUGAAUUCUUACUGUAUACACAUAUUAAGUGUUCUUUGUAAAAUUGUGAAGCUUACUUCCACUAUCUCUUAACCAUCCAUGAAAUGGGAAGCUUCCAUUUUGGAAUGCCUGCCAAUACAACUCAACUUACUGCUCAGUAACAUCACAGAAAUCAGUAUUAAUGUGGUGAGAUUUUUGUACCCAGUUUCUUGCACAUAUGAAAUAUGUAAUAGUUCACAAGGGUAUUGUAUAUUUGUCCUUGUAAGAGAACUGUAGAUUCAUACAGAAUCUUCAUACCUAAUGUGUCCUUUUUGCUGCUUUUAAAAAAACCCAUCAAGCUAUCUAGCUUCCUGCGUGAAGAUGGCUUUAGAAUUGAAAGAAAUCCUGCCUUUGAUCUCUUAAAACUGUACACUGUUCAAUAAGGAUUAUCAAAAUAAGCCUAAUUGUUUUUACUUGCUGUGAAGAAAUCAGUGAUUUGAGGCAGGGUACCUGGGAUGGGAAGAGGCAGUAUCAACCUAUUAAUGGAACGUGAAUCAUUUGGCUUGAAUCUUUGAAUGUAAAUGAGCUGGAAGGAGGGAAUGGUGUAAAUGUGCCCUCUGAGAGAGCAUGCAUUCUUUUCAGAUGUCUCAGGGUUAUGCAUCUAGUCAGCAGGAUACCUGCAAGUCUCUACCCAGUGCACUGGUGUCUUUGCUGUUAAGAGUAGUCGACAACCCUACUAGUCUCCUUCCUGGAGCAGACAGAUUCUAAUCUCUUUAGUCGGAAAGAGUGGGUUUUCCCAGGCAUUUCCAUGGCAUUUCCAUGCAGGGUGUUAAGUAACUCCCAAUUCCAAGAAAGAAUUAAGUGUAAAAUACCACUGAGUAGAAGAAACUAAAGUGCACUCUACCUGUGAGUGGUAUGGACAACCUCUAGUGUUGUUGAGGCUGGAAUAGCUGCCAAGAGAUGCCUGUGGUGGGAGAUGUGAUUCUGUUACUGUCUGCAAUGUAUUAACCUGUAAAAUGUUCUGUCAUGCAGAAACGCGGUUUAUAUAAUCUACUGUAUUUCAGCAGUCAAAAUAUAUUUUGCUAUCUAGGAAA